UUUCGAAGUCGCGGAAAGUCCCGGAUUGAUGGGCACAUGGUUGACCUUCCCACAGAGGGGGUGGCUCAGCGAGGGUACCGAAGGGACUAUUUGGGCACUGGUGUGAAGUGGCUGGGAGUAUUGUGGUUGCUGUGGCUUCAGCUGAGCUUGCUGUUACUCGUCAUUGGACAGUAUAACGGUGCUUGGCCGUUCUAUUCCGUGGAUCUCGAACCAACUUGGAACAGCUACACACGAGGGUUCCUGGCUGCUUGGGUCACUAGUACGACAGCUCUUAUGCUCCUCAAGAGGUUUGAAUACUUCUUCAGCACGCUGUAUUUACUACCGUGUGAGCUUAUCUUGGCUGAUUAUGUGAUGAUGACUGCUACGACUGUUGAUGAGUGCGGUGGUGGAGUUAUUCGUCAUUCUGAUCUAUGCAAAGUUGAGAGUGCAAUAGGCGCCGCCAGAUGGGUGACCUUUCAACUUCGCCGCUACACUUGGAACACCGAUAGAGGAGUUGCACCGGCCGCGUUCGACGCGGUCUCUAUAUUCGAUCGGAGAGGACCGACUGCUAGACAGGUUCAUGGAUACGAAAACGGUUAUAACUUGAGCACAGUGACUGCUAUUCUCAACAGACAUGGACGUAACGAGAUUGUGAUCCCAGUACCUACCUUCAUUAGGGCCGCGGGCAUGGAGUAUUUCAACUACUUCUAUAUAUAUCAACUAUGUGCUGUAUGGCUCACGGUUUAUUGGGAUUAUGUUACCUACGGCCUCUUGUUGGCCCUGUUGGCUACAGCAAGCGGCUUGCUCAAGGUCUACACGGAGCGAAGACAGCGUUGUGAGCUUCGCAACAUGGCCAGGGUCAACGGUGCUGUUUGGGCUAAGCGUAAUGAUAGUUGGAGGAGAACGACGAGUGACCUGUUGGUUCAGGGGGUAAUGAUAGUAGUCUUGGAGAAUGCGGCCCUUCUGUCGGUCGAUGCGGUGGUCAUCAGAGGCAAUGCGGUAGUUGAUGAGAGUCUGCUUACAGGAGAGACCAUGCCCAUACAGAAAUAUCAGGUACCGUCACCGGUAGCUGAUCCUGACACGGCAGACCUCCCGAGAAGUCCCGAGACUGGGAAUAAGAAGCACUAUGUCUUUGCUGGCACGAAGCUACUAUCGGCUACAGGAGUAUCUAAGAGUGAUCUCCCCUCAGCGUCCUCUGGGAUUGGCUGUUUGCUGGUCGUCACUCAUACAUCUGCCGAAACACUGCGAGGUAGCCUCCUGCGUACUCUGUUAUUUGGUGCACCACUGAAGCUGACCUGGGCUCGGGAGAUCCGCAUCGUCCUCGGCAUAUUGAUAACUUUUGGUCUGGUGGAGUUCCUCAUCCUCAACGCGCAGUAUUCCUUCAGCAUGGGUAGCAUCCUCACGGCCUGCUUCUCUAUAGUGGGUAUGAUCAACCCUCUGCUCAGCAUAGCGAUUCUCGGUGGUCAACUUGCUGCUGCCUCGAGACUACGAUCCAACAAGUCUGGACGGUUCCGGCUCAUUGGUAGGAGUGCGAAGGAGCGAGACUCUCGAGCGGCCUUCGCCAACUGUGAUGAUGAGGGAGAUAUCGGGGGCAAUCUCCGUGUAUAUUGCAUGGAUGUUGAACGACUGACCCUCACUGGCCGCCUCAGCCAAAUGUGUUUCGACAAGACGGGAACUCUGACCAAGACUGGUCUGGACUUCGUGGGGAUCGUCAGAGUGGAUGCCCACAAGCCCACUGCCCAACCGAAGUUGCUAUCGUUCUCUGGAGGACCUCCGACGAGUGGGAUGGAAGGCCUACUUGGUCCUGGUCUGGCCCUCACCCACACGGUCAGCGUCGUCGGAGCUAAGCAGCGUGUUGGGCAUCAGGUCGAGUUGCGCAUGGUAGAAGCAGCGAUGUCGCUGGGUUGGGUCUACAACAGCGAUAUGUCCAUCGUAGAGGAGCCGGCAGGCUUGGGCAAGUGGGAGGUGUUGAAGCAGAAUGCCUUCGAUCACCACACUAUGACCAUGAGUGUGGUGAUACAGAAUAUGGAGAGUGGGGAGGCCUACGUCUUCUGCAAGGGCUCCCAUGAGGCUGUCCUGUCGAGGUGCAACUUCCAUCGUGGGGAGGAGAGUGCAGGAUCGGAUACUCGUGAGGUCUUCGAAGGCCUCGUGGUCUCGGCGGCCGAGCAGUACGCUGCUGAAGGGUGCUAUGUGCUGGCUAUUGCUGCUCGGAAGCUUAGUGGGGGGUCGAAAGGGUUGACACUAUCACGACAUGAACUGGAGGAUGAUCUAGAGCUACUGGGGCUGUUGUUAUUCCGCAAUGAAGUGAAGCCAGACUCGGCCCGGUACAUCGACGUACUAAAGACGGGUGGGGUGGACAACGUUAUGAUCACCGGUGACUCGGUCUAUAACGGUGCGGCGGUGGCACGGAAAGUCGGGAUCAUCCCCCAUGGCUAUCGGGUUGUCAUUGGUGAUGUCGUAUCAUCACGAGAGGUCCGAUGGGCGGAUCUGGAAACGCAGGAGGAAGUGGAUGAGGAGAGCUUCUUCGGCAAGGGCAGUGCUGAUGAGGGGCGGCCCACUAGCCUCUGUGUCACGGGAGCAUGCUUCUCGGAGUUGGCACGGGAGAAUCGCCUCGUUUCGUUUAUCGGUUGCCGAGGCACUUGUGAUAAUAGUCGCUUACGACCAGGGGUGAGGAGACCUGGCCUGGUGGACUGUAGUUGUGCCCGUAUACGGGUAUUUGGUCGUAUGACACCUCAUCAAAAGGUGUCGGUUAUUACAGCGUAUUCCCGUCCACCUCUGAAUCUAAUAACUGGUAUGUGUGGUGAUGGUGGUAAUGAUAGUGGAGCCCUCAGGGCCGCAGCUGCCGGUCUGGCCCUGAGUGGUAGAGUCGAGGCGAGUGUAGCUGCACCAUUCAGUACGGAUAGCCCCAGUAUUGGCUCAUUAGUACUACUACUCAGAGAGGCUCGUGCUUCUAUGUGUACAUCAUUUGCAUCGUAUCGAUUCCUGGUAGUUCGAGGUGUAAUUGGGUCGAUCGGCAAGAUGAUCCUUAUGCUCUAUGCCGGGGCUUACCUCACCCCUUUCGGUUUUAUCUAUCAAGACUUGGUCAUGAACCCCUUGUUGCUUUGGGCACUUUCCAUGUCGAAGCCGUCCAAAACCCUGGCCCGAGUGCCUCCUGAAGGAAGCCUACUUGGCCCUAUGAUGGUCAUGUCUGCAUCGUUGACGAUAAUGAUUGGUGUGAUAUUCCUAUUAGCAGCUUUCUUCAUCCUCUUUAGUAACGAUGGAGAGGAGUGGUUUGCACGAUUCGAUGGCUCUAAUAGUGAGGUCCGGGAGUGGCAGAAGCGAUCGGACAACUUUGAGGCGGCUCUGACGUGGUUGUGGCUCUCGUGGAUUACAUUCGAUACCGCAGUUUGCUAUUCUUAUGGAGAUGUUCAUCGAAGGCCGGUGUACCGUAAUUUGACUCUAGUGUUUGUUGUACUCCUUACUGGUACGCCACUCCUUGUACUUCUCCUGGCUUCGAGCAGUCAGUUCAGUUGUGCUUUCAAGGUCAAUUGCAGUUUGUCUGAUUUCCAGGCGGUGCAAUACAGUUGGAUCAACUGGUUUUUGUUCCCGUACGAAGAAGUCGGAGGUGACGUCUGGUACGGUGAAGUCCCUGGCAAUGUGAUGCCAGUGUGGCUGAGAUGGACCUAUUUCGGCCUUUUCUCGGGGAUGACAAUUGCCCAUCAUCUCUCGUAUAAACUCAUCUGUCUCGGAUCGGUCGUAAGACGGACCCUUCCGGGUAUGGGUUGGGGUGCGCGUGAGGUAUCACCGGGGUUUGUUCGUCCCUAUUCUCGGAGAACAAUCUUCAACAGGAGAGGACAUAACCAUUGCAUUGAUUGGGGAAGGUCGACUCGGAGUUUGCUGGGCUCAUCAGGUUAGGAUUGCAGACACGCAGGUCGCCUUGAUGUGCUGUUUUCAUAUGCUUCCGUUGUGAUCAUUAUUCACUUUUUACUUGUUCUUGUCGGCAUCGGUAACUCUGGUUUAAGUGGAGAGUAAGCCUUAGGCGCUUUAACUUCCUAUCUCGCUCAUCUCGUGU